AUCUCGAAAUCUAUCAUGGUUCAUCUUAUAAAGUCUAUUGAGGCACAUAGGGAUAAAGUUUGGAGCGUAAGUGGCCAUGCUAACUUGCCUCUACUUGCCACAUCAUCUACCGAUCAGACUUGUAACCUCUAUAAGCUUUCAUGCCGCAAGAACUUCCCAUUGAUUUCCAAGUUACAAGAUGCUCAUAAAAGAUCCGUCAGAAGUGUAGCUUUUAAACCACCUUUGGGUGGUGCUGAUACCCCAGAUACAGAUUACAUCGAUUUGCCUGCAUUGGCUGCUGGGUCUUUCGAUAGUACUAUUUCUGUUUGGGGCAUUGAUGAACCUGAAGACCAAUUUGAAGACGAUGAGUACGAAAACGACGCUGACAAACAUGAUAAGCAAGUACAGAUAUUGACAAGUCCACAAAACGAUUGGAACUUGAUGGCCAUAAUAGAAGGACAUGAAAAUGAGAUCAAGGCGGUUGCUUGGAACUACAAGGGGAACCUUCUUGCCUCAUGUUCAAGAGAUAAAACCAUCUGGAUCUGGGAAACUGAUCCAGAGACCUUGGAAGAAUUCGAAUGUAUAUCGGUGCUAAGUGACCACGACCAAGACAUCAAGAAUGUCACAUGGCACCCGACCCAAAAUAUUCUUGCCAGUUCGUCAUAUGAUGAUACCAUCAGAUUGUAUAAACAGGAUGAAAAUGAUGAUGACUGGUCAUGUGUGGGGGUUUUGAAUGGACACGAUGGAACCGUUUGGUGCUCUGCCUUUGAACAUCCUAAAGCUCCUUCGUCAAGUGAAGGUAAAGUCCGUCUUGUGAGUGCUUCAGACGAUUUGUCAGUGAGAAUAUGGAGUUGUAAGGAGACUGUGAAUAACGAAGAGGACUACGAAAGAAAUAGUGCGCUUCCAAGCUCCAUUAAGUAUGUGGCGAAAGAGAUGACCUGGGAGUUGGAACUAGUCUUGCCACUGGUACAUGAAUAUCCUGUUUAUUCUGUGUGUUGGUCUAAAGAAUCAGGGAAAAUUGCUAGUGCUGGUUCAGAUGGCAAAAUCGCCAUCUACAAGCAAAAUGAAAACUCAAACGACUGGGAAAUUGAAUCCCAGUAUUCUUCUGCUCAUGGAGUGAGUGAAAUCAACUGUAUUUCUUGGUGUAAAUUAGAGGAGGGAGAUGAGGUAUUGGUUACGGCAGGAGAUGAUGGUCAUGUAAAUAUUUGGGAUCCUUCUAUCGCUAAAAGAGAAGACCAAUGAGGAUUAUGAAUCCCAAGAUCCCCAAUAGAAUAAACAAACAGCAUAGCAUUCGUCCACUGGAUCUUCUUUGGUAUCUCUCGGCUCUUCUCAAUUCAACAGACGCUCCUUGUACAUCAUCACUAUACUUCAAGAUAUUAUCCUCGAUGGUGUCGAUGGUAAACUGUUGUUCAUGCACUAUAUCCUCUAGGUUUCCAUAGAUCUCGUUAAUGUAUGUGAUAUCCUGGCCUAUCUGCUCGAUUUCUCUCUCUCGUUCUUGAAUAAGCAAUGUCUGCUGUUCCAACUCCUCAGCAUUCACUGGCUCAUAUUCUAUCAGCACUUGUCCUCCUGAGACGGUACCGUUGCCUAUAUGAUCAUUGGUUCCUGAAGAGUACACCCCCAGGUCUAGCUCUUCAGAAGGUACCGAGUCUGUUACCUUUCCAUACUUGUCGAUGGUCUUUUGUUGUAGAGACUCGUACUUCUUUUGGUGCGUUUGAUAGUUCUUCAAACUGCUCUUUAUCUGCUUGAUGACUAGUGACUCCUUUUGCCGCAAAUAUACAAGAGUGUCUUCGUCAUCAUGGUUAUUCUCACACUCAUUCAAGU